UAAUUUAUUAAAGUAAUUUUAAUAAUAAAUUAUGCUUUUGAUAAUCAGAAUAAAAAAUAGAUAAAAAGUAAACAAAUUUUUAUUAUGACGGAGGAGAACAAAUUUUAAAGCUAAUAAAUAGAUAAUCAAAAUUAUUCAAAGAGAAGCACUUUUUCCGUCGGAGUAAAUCAUUAUUAGCUGCCUACAUUCAAAAGGGCUAGCAAUAUGCUGCAUUAGGUAAAAAGAGUAAAUUCAUCUUUUUAAUCAAACUCUGGAUCGUAUUAGAAAAAGUUUAUUUCAGAUUCGUAGAACUCAAAGGUUUUAUUAAAUUCUACUGAUGGCUAAGCAAAAUGGAAACAGCUUGAAUAAAUUAUGAAAAAGCUAAAAUUUAAAACCUAUGUUAAAAAAUUUCUAAUGUUGAGUAGGAAGCGACUUUAUAAACUCUUGAAUAUAACGCAGGUAAAUCUAAUAAAUGACUAAGCUUCAUACUUUGAUUUUGAAAAGUAAGCAGAGCGAUAAAAAAAAAAGAAUCUAUUAACAUAAAAAAAAUAAAAUGAAGUAGCUUAAUGGAUGAUUUUUAAUCCAAAUAAUAUCUUCCUUGAAAUAUGGAGUUUUAUAAAAAUUAUUUGCAUAAUAAUUUGCUUCUUUUUUUAUUUAGUUAGCUUUGCUUUUAGUGUGUCUAUUUAAGAAUUAUUAAGUCCAUAUAUUUCUUUUGGAUGCUAAUUUUUUCUUGUUUUAGACAUUUUUGUGCACUUAAACACAGCCAUAUACCUAAAAGGAUAGCUAAAUAAUAGUAGGAGUGCAAUUUUAUAAUAAUACAUGUCUUCAAAAUGUUUUUAUAGAGAUUUAAUCCAGGUGAUAGCCUAUUUUUUAUACUAAUUUUUAGUUUUAACUGAUUUUACUCCUACUUUUCUCUAGCAGCUUUUAUUAUUACCUAUUGUCCUAAAGUAUUAAGAUUUAAAUAAUAUGCUAUAAAAAAUGAAAAUCAAAUACAUCUAAAAAAAAGAAACCUAAAAUAUUUUCGAAUUAAUAAAUCUUAUCAAAAAUAUUUUAUUCAUUUCUCAUGUUUUUUCGUGUAUUUGGAUCUUAACUGCCAAACUUAAUUUGAAAAUAAAUUAAGGGUAUUUAGCUAGCACUCAGAGUGUUUCUAAUUAGUAGAACUUUACAACAUGGAUUGAUUUUAUGAACAUUUAAAAUGAGAAUUGGGCUAUUUAGUACUUAUAUUCAUAUUAUUUUAUAGUAGUUACUAUGAUAACAGUUGGAUACGGAGAUGUUAAACCAACAAAUCCUUUAGAAGUUGGGGUAUGUAUUGUUCUAAUGAUGACUUGCUGCUUAGUUUUUGGUUUUGCAAUAAAUCAAAUUGGAUAUAUAUUUUAAGAUGUUUAUCUAAGAGAAAAAAACAUUUUUUAAAAAAGAAAUAUAAUAUCCAAAUAUAUGCAAAAAAAAGAAAUAAAUUCUAAAGUUUAACAACAAGUUUUUGAGUAUUUAGAGUAUACUUGGAGAGAAGAAAUAGAUGAGCACAUAUAAGAAGCAAAUAUAAUUUUAAACUAGCUCUCAGGAAAUUUAAAAUAAUUAAUAUCAUUAGAAUCAAACAAGUUAAUUUUAAAACAAAAUAGAAUACUUAAAGAUAACUUUGAUAAAUAAAUACUUUAAGAAAUUAUUCCAUAUAUAUAAGAAUAAAACUGCACUCCUGGAGAGAUUGUUAUUGAUUGUCAAAUAGGAAAUGUAGAAUGUUAUCUUUAUUUUGUGCAGCAAGGUCAAUUAGAAUUCUUUAGUAAUGGAUAAAAAUCAGAAAAAAUAAAUAAUUAUUAAGAUGUCCAUUCGAUUAAAAAGAUUUUUUAAGGAGAAAAUUUUGGAUAAUAAUCAUUUUUUACUGGAGCAAAGGAAAAUUUAGGUGUAAGGAGUUUAAGUUUUAGUACACUUUUGAAAAUUAAAAGAAGUGAUUUUGUAAACAUUUUAAAAUAAUAUCAAAGUGAUUAUGAAAAGUUUUGCAUGAUCAAGGAUAAAAUAAUAUUUUCUGGAUUUUACGCUUAGCUAAAUGAAUAGUGUUCUUCUUGUAAAGAAAGGACUCACUCUGAAAUUUUAUGUCCAAUAUUGCAUUAUAUUCCAAAAAAGUUUAAAAUUCUCUAGGAAAAUGAUCGUAAUUUUCCUCAUAUUACUCGAAACAGUAGCUUCUAAAGAAAUAUUUCUCAUAAAACGAAUACUUUAAAAGAGUUAGAAAAUAAUGUCUAUAGAAUAGUUUAAUUUAUAGAGGAUAAAUGUGAAGAUCUUGAUUAAUUUGAAAACUAAAAUUUAGAAUAUCCAUGUUUUCAGAAUGAAUAUAAUAAUAGCUUUAAUGAGAUUGAUGAGCAUUAAGAUAAAGUCUUCUAAAAUGCUAGCAAUGAACAAAUGCAACCUCAAUUUUAGAAAAGUAGUUUGGUAAAAGAUGAGAUUGCUUUUCCAAGGAGAAGAUCUAAGAUACUUGCCUUAAUUCAUACUAAUAGCCUUAUGAAUAGCCAGAAAGCAUUAGAUGAAGAAAUUUAGCAGCACAUUUAGAAUUAAAGUGAGGAGGGCAGUGAUUUAGUAAACAAAAGAAAAAGAUUAAAUCAAAUAAAGAAGAAUGUUAUUUCAGAGAGCAUGGAAUAAUAAAACAAUAAACUUACUUAAGAAUUAGAUGAAUUAACAGAGAGUCAUCUUUAUUAAAAAUAUGGCUAAAAUAACAGAGUUAGCUUCAUAAAUUAAUCAUUAAAGGACUUAUAAAUUUCUGAAAAAUGUACUAAACACUAAAUAAGUAGCGAAAAUGCUAACAAUUUUUAAGUUUAAAUUGAAAAUCAAGCCAAGGUUAGUAUAGAUUUUCCUAGCAAGUUUAUUUUACACUCAUUUUAAAAUUACGAUUUUGAAGUAUUCUAAGGAAAAUUUGAAUCGCUUUAAAACUUUAAAUACUAUUAUCCAUUCUAAAAUUGUAAAGAAAUAAUAAAUAAAUUAAAUGAAAUCAACUUAAGUAAAAGAAAUAAGAUGGGUAUUAAAAAAACUUCAAAAAAUGAUAAUAGUACUUGCUAUGGUAGAAGAAACAACUUAUUUAAAUUUAUCUAACAAUUAAAGAGCUCUCACAGAGAUUAGAAAACAGAUAGUAAUCAAAUUUCAAUCAAUUAAAGUUUUGAAUUUAAUAUUAAGUAGUAAAACGCAGAUUUUUCAUCUAAUAAAUAAGCUUAAAAUAGUUCUUCUAAAUUGGAAUAAUCAAAUAUUUCUAGUUUUGAAGAAAUUUAAUUGAAUUAGAGCAAGCAAUCUAAUGAAAUAUCAAAUUAGAAUUAAAAUAACACAAUAAAAGUUGAUUUAGAAAUCCCUUUAUUUGAAGAAGACUAAGAACAUUUCUAGAUACAACCCUCUUCUUCUCAAUGUAAAAGGUCAUACCUAUUUGGAUAAUAAUCACAACUUUAAAAAUCUCUUUAUUGA